GUUCUGAACAUAAAAACUGUGUUUAAAGUCGUGGCAGGAUACCUCACGAUUGCUUCAAGCUUUGACUUGUUGAUUCGUAACUCUUCGUAUGAUCAACUAAUCGCCGCCGUUAAUACCUGUGUGCUGCCUGCUGGUGCUAAUCUGAUUCAAAUGACCGAGGGGUGUGUGUGUCUAAAAGUCCAAGUAGAAAGUCUUACAGCUCUUGAAACACUGUGGUGUUUAUACAAGGAUGGGACACUAAAAGCAAGCUUACAAGCCUUGUUGGUCACAGAUGAAAUAAAAGAACUUGCUAGCGGAGAACAUGUCGAAGCGGUGGUAACCAUUGACGAACAAGAGUACGAGAAAGUCCGCAACAAGUUGGCUUAUGAACCACAAGGUAAAUACUGA